AUGGCGGUUCUUCUAUUCAUUACAUUAGUAUUAGUCAAUUCACAAGAGUGUACAGUGAAGCAUUGUCGACAAUGUGGAACAGAUAAUUGUGAAUCAUGUAUCAAUGAAUACAUCCUCAAGGAUAACACUUGUGUAUUCAAAAGAGAUCUCUUUUGUGAAGAAACUUUUGAAAAUCAGUGUACUAAAUGCACAGAUGGGUACAAAAUGCAAUUAUCCACAAUGACGUGUGUAAAAGGUGACGAGCUUUGUUUGGAUUAUCAAGUCAUUGGUUCUGAUUUACAGUGCACUUCUUGCAAACCCCCAAUGUCCCUUACAAAUUCUGAUGAAUGUAUUGACUGUUCUUCUACUCACAAAGGGUGUUAUUUGGUGACUGAUGAUUCGUGCAAAUGCACUCGCUGUAAAGAUGGUUAUUACUUGAAUGAAUCACAGUCUGCCUGUAUUCGAGUACCAAACUGUCUUGAAAUAGACACAGAAACACAAGGGAAAUGCUCUAUGUGCAUUGAUGGGUAUUAUGUUGAUGAGAAGUCCAAGAAUUGUGUUCCAGGUAAUAUCGAAAAGUGUUUAAUAUACAGUAGUGCAAAUGAAUGUGAAUUUUGCGAGGAAAAUCAUUUCUGGACAAAUGGGAAAUGCGUUGAACGUUCACAUUGUCGUGUUGAAGAUGGUAUUCCCGAUUGUGAAUAUUGUGCUGAUGGUUAUGGGAUUAAAAACAAUGAUUGUGUCAAAUGUCCAACAGGGUGCGAUCGAUGUGAAAAUAAUGCGACCAGUUGUGAAUUCUGCCUUGAAGGGUAUGGCAUGGUCAAUUCCGUUUGCAAAAAGUGUUCUGAUGACAAUUGUAACGAAUGUGAUGAUGACACAAACACGUGUCAAAGAUGUAUGAAUGGAUAUACCCUUACUGCAGAUAAUAAGUGCAAGGCGUGUACCAAAGAAAGUAAAUGUAAAACAUGUAGCGAAAGCAUUCCAGAUGUUUGUGAAAAUUGUGAAGAAGGUAUGUAUUUCUCAAGUGAACAAACGUGUGUAGAUUGCACUAUGGCCGUGUGUAGUGAAUUAAAUAAUGAACAAUGUUCGAGUUGCAACAUAAUGUAUAAAUGUAAAACUGUUUAUGACGGAGAUGUUUCAAGUUGUAUUGAUAUCUCACAUUGCUCAAAUUAUGAUGAAAAUAGAAAGCAGUGUACUGAGUGCUUCUCAGAGUACUUUUUGGACGAUAAUUACAAAUGUCAACAAUGUGAUGAAAAGUGUGUGAAUGGCUGCGCAAAAGAUAAAAGCACUUGCAUUGAAUUGAAGGACGUAAGAAGCGAAGAUUAUUGUUUGUUAUUUGAUGUCAAUCACAAUUGUAAAAAGUGUGAUGAUAGAGCUGUUUUAAAAGAUGGUAUUUGUAGUAACGAAGACAACUGUUGGGUCAAAAAUGAUGACGAUUGUUGCGUUGAAUAUUUGGACAAAAAUCAAACUGGAAGAGAUUUGAAUAAUAACCCGCAUGUUCACAUCUAUCCAAUGUCAAAUUGUCAAGACCCAAAAGAUGGAUCCUUCAGUAUCUUUGUUUCAAUCUUCGGUUUCAUCAUUUUGGCCAUUUUAUGA